GAAAAAAUAAGAAGGUACCUGACUGUGAUGAGACUUUGUCUUCAUCAAGUGAGGAAAAAACACCUAACUCAGUUUUGGAAAAUGCAGAUAGCUCAGGGAAAGUAAACCGCUCUGUUCAGAAUUUCCAACGCAGUAAUUACGAUGAUCUUUUUAAAGAUGCUACAGAAAGUGAGAGUGAGAGCAUAUUGGCCACCUGUGGCUCCUUUCUAAGAGACAAGUGGAGCAGUGAGGAUGAAGAGCUUGCAGGGCCAUCCCAGACCGUCCGUCCUCAGCUUCCUGACAGUAUACAAAUUGUUUCUGAAAGGGAGCUAGCUCAGUUGGCUCAGGUUCGACCAUUACUAUUCAAUUUUCAUGAGCAAUCAGUCAUCAAGGAUUGUUUUAAAAUGCUUGAGAAAAAAGUAGCAGAAUAUGAAAUCCUCCAGGAAUUUAUGACUUUAGAUUAUAAGAACAUACCUGAUGCAUUCAACUCUGGGAAUGAACUACGCAACAGAGAAAAAAACAGAUAUCGGGAUAUUCUUCCAUAUGAUUCAACACGUGUUCCUCUUGGAGAAAACAAGGACUACAUCAAUGCUAGCUAUAUUAGAAUAGUCAAUUCUGGAGAAGAGUAUUUUUAUAUUGCUUCUCAAGGACCACUGCCAAGUACCACAGAUGACUUUUGGCAGAUGGUUUUAGAGAAUAACUCUAAUGUUAUUGUCAUGAUAACCAGAGAGAUAGAAGGUGGAAUUAUCAAAUGCCACCAUUACUGGCCCAUUUCUAUGAAGAAACCUUUGGAAUUGAAAAACUAUCGUAUCUUCCUGGAGAACUACCAGAUACUUCAAUAUUUUAUCAUCCGAAUAUUUCACGUUGUGAAGAAGUCUACAGGAAGUAGUCACUUUGUAAAACACUUGCAGUUCACCAGCUGGCCAGACCAUGGCACUCCUGCCUCGGUAGAUGGCUUCAUAAAGUACGUGCGUUAUGUGAGGAAGAGCCACCUUACAGGACCUAUGCUUGUUCACUGCAGUGCUGGCGUGGGCCGGACGGGGGUGUUCCUAUGUGUGGAUGUUGUGUUCUGUGCCAUUGAAAAGAACUUUCCAUUCAACAUCAAGAAUAUAGUGACCCAAAUGAGAGAACAGCGUUAUGGCAUGAUUCAAACGAAGGAGCAGUAUUUCUUUUGUUAUAAAGUUGUGCUUGAAGUUCUUCAGAAGAUUCUGACUUUAGAUUAAGAAAGACUUCUGUUGCCUCACAUUUGAAAUUACCAAGUGGCUU